AUUAGGAUGGAGCCUUCAGGACAGGAGGUCGGUUCUUCUGCCGAAUCACCUAGAGCUGAAGCUAUAGGUGCACAUUCUAGCAUAUUGAAGGGAGAUCGAACUUACAAUGUUGAUAAUUCUGCGGUGGAUACCUUGGUGGACUCUAAUGGUGAAGACCUUGCUUGUGCAGCUGAUAUUGCAACCCCAGUUAUUCGUAAUCCCGAGAAUGGAGUAGUAUCUUCGACUUCUUAUAUUCACCCAUUUAUCCUCAAGAGGAUGAUGCAGAUGCAGAGUCCAAUUAAUAAAGGCAUCUCUCCCACCGAUGCAUCUGACCCUGUCAACGUUUGUUGUAAUCACCUACAUCAACCUUUGGCUUGCAUUGACCAGAAUCAUGCCUUCGAUGGUUUAAAAUUGGAACAGUUGACUAAGGCCAGUACGAUGGGUAUCUUGGAGUAUUCUCCAGAAGAUGAAGUGGAAGGAGAACUUGUUUACUUUCAGAAUAAGUUGGUUGACCUAGCAAUUUCUAGCAAGCGCUAUUGCGAUGAUUUGAUUUCUAGGGCUAUGAAAAGUCUUCCAGAGGAGAUGGAUGCUGUAAGGAACCAAAAAUGGGAUGCUGUGCUUGUCAAUCAGUAUCUUUGUGAGCUUAGAGAGGAAAAGAAACGGGGAAGGAAAGAGAAGCGACACAGAGAAGCCCAGGCUGUGCUUGCUGCUGCGGCAGCUUCUUCGAGGGUUUCAUUGUUUAGGAAAGAUGGGCAUGAUGAAGCUGGUCAACAUGAGAAUCCUUUGAAGGUGAAUACGGUCAGUGUGAGGGCUGGCCCACAUUCUCAGUUGAUGCCACGGGCAAAGGAAACACUCUCAAGGUUGGCUGUAUCAAGGGCUUCAUUGGAAAAACAGUCCAAUAUCUUCCAGUUGACCUCAGAUUUCUCAAAAGACAAUCCAAGAUCAUGUGAUGUUUGUAGGCGAUCAGAAACAAUGUUGAACCCAGUCCUAGUUUGUAGCUACUGCAAGGUUCCGGUUCAUUUGGGCUGUUAUCGUAAUGUGAAAGAUCCUGUUGGUCCAUGGUACUGUGAAGUGUGUGAAGAGAUAUUAGCAUCUAGAAGCCCAGGAGCUGCCCCUCCAAAUUCUUGGGAGAAGAUUUCUUUUAUUGUACAGUGUGGUUUAUGUGAUGGCUCCGCUGGUGCUUUUAGAAAGUCAACUGAUGGCCAGUGGGUACAUGCUUUUUGUGCUGAGUGGAUAUUGGAAUCAAUAUUCAGAAAGGGACAAGUCAAUGCUGUUGAAGGAAUGGAGGCCAUUUUGAAGGAAAGGGAUGCUUGCAUUAUUUGUCGCCGAAGAGUUGGUGUCUGCAUAAAGUGUAACUAUGGGAAUUGCCAAAGCACAUUUCAUCCAUUUUGUGCAAGAAAUGCCGGCCUCUACUUGCAUGUGAAGAUUAGCGGAGGCAGGGUUCAGCACAAGGGUUACUGCGAUAGGCAUAGUUUGGAGCAGAGAGAGAAGGCUGAGACUCAGCAGCAUGGGGUGGAGGAAUUAAAAAGCAUCAAGCAAAUCAGGGUUGAGCUUGAGAAGUUGCGGCUUCUUUGCGAGAGAAUUAUUAGACGAGAAAAGUUGAAGCGAGAGUUGGUUCUUUGCUCACAUGACAUCCUUGCAUCAAAAAGAGAUGCUGUUGCUUUCUCUGUACUUGUGAAUAGUCCCUUCUUCCCACCUGAUGUUAGUUCUGAAUCAGCUACUACUUCUCUCAAAGGGCAUGAUGAAAAUAAAUCCUUCAGUGACGCAUUCCAAAGAUCCGAUGACAUCUCUGUGGACAGCACAGUUUCUGAAAGGACACCAUUUUCGGGGAAGCAGCUCCCCCACAGACCUGUAUCGAUUGCCUCACGGAAUCUGACAGAUGAGAGGAAAUCCAAGUUGAGGAAGCAUACUGAGACCUUUCAGAAAGAGCUGGUAAUGACAUCAGAUCAAGCAUCUGUGCAGAAUCAGCGGUUACCUAAAGGAUUCGCUUAUGUUCCUAUUGGCUGCCUUUCAAAGGAAAAGCACUGCAAUGAGCAGAAAUCUCACUCACCGGCCUAAACGAUGAGCAAACACUCAUACGUGAGAGCAAGGGAUCACCCAAGGACAAGCUCCAAGGAGGGAGGAGAGAGGGAGGCAAGAACCAUGCAGCCCGUGAUGUGAGUUCUCAUGCACCAUUGAACCAUAAUGGGUAGAGAUGAGCAUCACUUUUAGGUCUUCAAUUUCCCUUCUAGGGGGGCAAGACCUAUCCCAGUUGCAUAAUUUCUGCUCAGAGGCUUGUCAUGUUCAUUUGUUUCUGAUGGAUGAGCAAGAAGGGAGGGUGAAUGAUGCGGAUAGGUUUCUGGCCAUUGUAUCCUUAUCAAGAGAAAAUGCUGCCUUGGUUUGACAAGAAAAUUUUGAUGUCGUUGUUGUAUAUGCAUAUGCAUUCUGAGAGAAAUUGUACAGAGGGUGAGACUUAAUAUUAAAUGUGUGCCAGCAGGCUUAAGUCUCUUCAUCCGGCCACUUACCUGCCUGGUACAAGGAUGCUGAGGUUCUUCUUUGUAACUGUAUAUGAAGAAUUAGAAAGUAUCCUUAUGGUGAUUGUUUUGUAGAAGUUGUA